UUACCUCUUAUUUAUCUCACUGCAUUUUCUGACCUGUUUUAGCUUUGAAGUUAAACUACAGAGGACCAUCAUCAUGACUCCAGUUUUCCUUGUCUUGCUCUUGAUGACGGCUGUUCCUCUGAAUGCAGCAAAAAAUGAAGAUCAGAGCAACGAGUCUCUAGAUGUCUCUGAAAUCAUCGAAAAGGCCAAUGAAGACAUAUCUGAAAUCCUGAUUCAUGGUGACAUUGCACCUUCUUUAACCAAGAAUGCAGUCCCGUGCACAGCCACUGGCUGCAAAUGGCCUAAAAGUGGACGCUACGUUUACGUGCCUGUCUUCAUCUCCUCUGCAUACACCCCCAGCGAGCGAGACAUCAUCAUUAAAGGCCUCGUGUCCUUCCACAGCUCCACCUGCAUUCGUUUUGUCUGGUGGAAGCCAGAGAAUCGCGAUUACCUCUACUUCAUGUCUAAAACCGGGUGCUGGUCCCACCUGGGCCGUCAGAACGGGGGCCAGAUAGUCUCCCUGCAGAAAGGUGGUUGUGUGUACCACAAAACAGUACAACAUGAGAUUCUUCACGCUCUGGGCUUCCACCAUGAGCAGGUCCGCUCUGACAGAGAUCAAUACGUCCAGAUCCUCAACGAGAACAUUCAGGAAGGAAAAGAACACAACUUUAGGAAGGAGCAGACCAACAACUUGGAGACUUCUUAUGACUUCACCUCUGUCAUGCACUACAGCAGAAAUGCCUUCUCCAAAAACGGGCAGCCCACCAUUGUGGCCAAGUCCAAUGCUAACCUUAUCUUUGGAUAUGCUAGCGAGAUGAGUGCCAAUGACAUUGCCCGUGUCAACAAGCUGUAUGGCUGCUGGUAAAAGAUUAAGUUUUAAAGACGGCAA